GGGAGGAGCAGGAGGUAAGAACCCUUUGAAACCAUUUCAAUUUUACAAGUUUCUUGAAUUUCAGUAACAUUAAUUGUGCUCUCUCAAAGCUUCAGCCUUUAUGCUAAUUGUGUGUAUGAUAUUGUUACAACACUCAAAAUUUGUUAUUAGUUAGUCUUUGAGCAAUGAAAAUUUUGGGGAAGUUAUUGGAAUUUGUUGAAUAGUUUGUAUAAUUACACAUUGAUUUGAAGCAGAGAGAAUCCAUUAUGUAAAAAAACUUAGUAGUUUAGCAGAAGCAUCAUCUUGUUUGUUGUGUUUCUCCAACAUUGGAAGCUUAAUUUUGGGGUUAAAGCUAUGAAAGAUUUAGUCUUUGGUACUAGACUUGUAUUCCACUGUGUAAAAGUGAAGCAGAAAGCAGAAAGUUUGUGAUGCAAAGUUUUUUAACUUGAAAAUUGAGUGAAGAUUCAAAUAUUUUCUUUGGCAUUGCAUACAUAUAGUAGAUCCUAAUAGUGUUUGUAGUUCCAAAUUAGACUAUGCCUGUGUAGUUUGUUUGCAUUUCGUAUGAACUCAACAUCAGUUAAGUCGUUUCGUUUAUCUGAUAAAAGGCGAGUGCAGUGAUGAUGGCUUGAUGAAUUCUGCCUCCUCAGUCCAUUUUGCAUCAUAUUUGGUUGAGCUUCAUUUCAUUAUUGAAACAUCAUCAAUUUUUCUUUGUUUUGUGGCACGAGAUCUCGUAUGAAGUCAACAUCACUUAAGUCGUUUCGUUUAUCUUAUAAAUGGCGAGUGCAGGGGUCAUGGUUCGAUGAAUUCUGCCCCCUCAGUCCAUUUUGCACUAUAUUUGGUUGAGCUUCAUUUCAUUAGUAUUGAAACAUCAUCAAAUUUUUCUUUGUUUUGUGGCACGAGAUUUCGUAUGAACUCAACAUCAGUUAAUUCAUUUCAUUUAUCUGAUAAAAGGCGAGUGCAGUGAUCAUGGUUUGGUAAUUCUGCCCCCUCACUCCAUUUUGCAUCAUAUUUGGUUGAGCUUCAUUUCAUUAGUAUUGAAACAUCAUCAAUUUUUCUUUUUGUGGCAUGAGAUUUUGUAUGAACUCAACAUCAGUUAAGUCGUUUCAUUUAUCUGAUAAAAGGGUGAGUGCAGUGAUCAUGGUUUGAUGAAUUCUGCCUCCUCAGUCCAUUUUGCAUCAUAUUUUGUUUAGGUUCAUUUCAUUAGUAUUGAAAAAUCAUCAAUUUUUCUUCGUUUUGUGACAUGAGGUCUCGUAUGAACUCAACAUCAGUUAAGUCGUUUCGUUUAUCUGAUAAAGGCGAGUGCAGGGGUCAUGGCUUGAAGAAUUCUGUCCCCUCACUCCAUUUUGCAUCAUAUUUUGUUGAGCUUCAUUUCAUUAGUAUUGAAACCUGAUCAACUUUUCUUCGUUUUGUGGCACGAGAUAGAUAAAAUUAGGGAAGGGCUCAAUCUCAAUCCAAUGGAAGGCGAGAUCCACGAGAAGCUGCUUUUAGAAGCUAAAAACAAGGAGACUCUGAUGAAGAAGAUAUGGGAAGAGAACAAGCAAAUGUGGAUUGUUUCUGGCCCGGCCAUCUUGAUCCGAUGCUCGACAUUUGGUGUUCAUGUCGUCAGCCAAGCGUUUAUAGGCCAGUUCAGCUCCUCAGUGCUCGCUGCCUAUGCCCUCGUCUUCACUGUCCUCUUCAGAUUCUACCUUGGCAUAUUGAUGGGCAUAAAUGGCGGGCUGGGAACGCUCUGUGGCCAAGCAUACGGUGCCAAGCAGUAUCACAAACUAGGCAUAUAUCUUCAGCAGCAGUGGCUUAUUCUGUUCGUGAUCACAGCUCUCUUAUCGCCUCUGUUUGUUUUCGCUGCUCCUAUUUUAAAAGCUUUAGGCCAGGAUGAACAUAUUGCCGAAGGGGCCGGGAGUCUCGCCCUCUGGUUCAUUCCCAUGAUUUUUCUCUAUGCCGUUUGCUUUAGCUGCAACACGUAUCUGCAGGCACAGAGCAAGAACUUCAUUCUUUCGUGCUUUGCAGUUCUUUCCUUCUUGCAGCAUAUCUUCGUCUCGUGGCUUCUAGCUAUUAGGUUCGAGUUUGGUGUUGGUGGCGUCAUGGUGUCUACUGUGCUGGCCUAUUUGGUCCCGAAUGUGGGCCAGCUCGCGUACAUCAUGUGUGGAGGGUGCCGGGAGACGUGGAGAGGCUUCACAACCGCGUGUUUUAAGGAUCUCGGGCUCACCGUCAAGCUCUCCAUUUCCUCUGGAGUGAUGAUCUGCCUUGAAUUCUGUUACACUACUGUGCUAAUUCUCUUAACUGGCAACAUGGGAAAUGCUGAAGUCACAGUUGAUGCUCUUUCUAUCUGCCUAAACAUCAGUGGUUGGGCUCUUAUGAUCUCCUUCGGUUUCUUGGCUUCAGCAAGCGUUCGCGUCUCUAACGAGCUUGGCCGGAGGGACGCGAAAGCUGCAAAGCUCGCGAUUGUGGUGUCCGUGCUGACAUCUUUCGUCAUUGGAUUGGUGUUGUUUACGUUCUUUCUCGUGUUUAAGGAGAGCUCGGCUUACAUGUUCACGCAGAGCCCGGAUGUGGCCAAGGCCGUUGCUCGUCUCUCGCCUCUCCUCGCCUUCACCAUUCUCCUCAAUGGACUCCAACCAGCACUUUCCGGCGUUGCGAGCGGGGCCGGACGACAGGGCUUUGUGGCGUAUGUGAACCUUGGCUCGUAUUACUUGAUUGGAGUUCCUUUAGGAGUUGUUCUUGGUUAUGUCUUCGAUUUUCAAGUUGAGGGUGUUUGGAUUGGGAUGAUAAUAGGAAUUGUGUUCCAAACUUGUGUGUUGAUUAUCAUGACUUGCACGACUAAUUGGGAUGAACAGGUAGCUCUUGCUCAGAUACGAAUCAACAAGCGGAGCUCUACGACAGACCAAACAAAUGAUGACAUUGCAACUUAAUCUUCGUAUUAUACAACCAAACCCUCCAAUUUCACACAUGUAUUUUCAUUAAGGGUGCAUUUAAUUUGAUGGGGAAAAAAAAGUAUAUUUUUCAUAAUUUUUCAUCAUUUUCACAUAGUAUUUUAUUAUGAUUGAAAAUUUUCUUUGGUCAAAAUAAAAUAUUUUUAUCAAGGCA